AUGGACUUUAUCCUAAGCGGAGUGGCGGCGUGCGGAGCGUGUUUGGUGACCAACCCGCUGGAAGUGGUCAAGACUCGCAUGCAGCUACAAGGAGAACUUAAGAGUCGAGGCACUUAUCAGGUUUACUACCGUAAUGUCUUCCACGCUUUCUACACCAUCGCUAAAGUGGACGGACUGGCCGGUUUACAAAAAGGCCUCGUACCGGGACUAUGGUAUCAGUUUUUCAUGAAUGGCGUCCGACUGGGGUCAUACGCCGUCAUUGAGUCUUCCGGCUACAUCCACACGGAUGGGAGGGUCAGUGCGCUGAAGACCAUCAUAGCUGGAGCAACUGCGGGUGUGGUGGGAGCUGUAAUGGGCAGCCCCGUAUAUUUGGUAAAGACUCAUUUGCAGAGUCAAUCUACUGCCUCCAUUGCUGUGGGGCACCAGUACAAACAUCAGGGAAUGUCUCAAGCCUUGGUCGCCAUCUACAAGGUGCACGGCAUUCAAGGACUUUGGAGGGGCGCUAGUGCUGCUGUCCCAAGGGUCAGCGUGGGGUCGGCAUCUCAACUGUCCACCUUCUCCUCUGCCAAAGAACUAGUGAUUGAUCUUAAGUUGUUUCCAAAAGACAGCUGGUUGGUGGCACUGAGUGCUGGUAUGAUCAGCAGCGUGGCGGUGGUGCUGGCGAUGACACCGUUCGACGUGGUGAGCACGCGACUCUACAAUCAGCCGGUGGAUCAGCAGGGCAAGGGUCUGCUGUAUAAAGGCUUCACUGACUGCUUUUCCAAGACAUUGAAAAAAGAGGGGCUAACAGGACUCUACAAAGGUUUGGGAGCCUCUUAUUUCCGGAUCGGUCCUCACACCAUUCUUUCUUUAUUCUUUUGGGAUCAACUGCGAAAAUUGUACCAGCCAUUUAGGUAA